AUGACAAAAACUACUCGGAAAGCCAAAAUUCUCGUGCUUCCUGGUGAUAAUGCAGGUCCUGAAGUAGUGGCCGAAGGCAUCAAAGUAUUAAAAUUAGUUUCGAAAAUACGAUCAAUUUAUAACGGUGUAGAAAUCGAAUUGGUCGAAGAGAAAAUUGGCGGUGCUGCUAUCGAUACAACAGGUGUCCCUCUUCCGGAGAAAACUCUAAACGCUGCCAAAGAAUCUGAUGCAAUUCUUUUAGGUGCUGUUGGUGGUCCUCAAUGGACAUCUGAACCUCGUCCUGAGCAAGGACUUUUGGAAAUUCGUAAAGCUUUGGAUUUAUAUGCGAAUCUUCGGCCUUGUUCAUUUGCCAGUGACGCCCUUUAUGAAUAUUCACCACUGAAAGAGAAAAUUGUUAAGGGAACUGAUUUUACAAUUAUCAGAGAAUUAGUUGGUGGUAUUUAUUUUGGAGAAAGAAAAGAAGAAGAUGCAAGUGGGAAAGCAUUGGAUACUCUUCCAUAUUCAGUUGAGGAAGUGGAAAGAGUAACACGUCUCGCCGCACAUCUUGCACUUCAAAAAUCACCACCAGCCACUAUACACUCAAUUGACAAAGCCAAUGUUUUAGCAACCUCAAGAUUAUGGCGUCGAGUUGUCACAGAAACACUCAAAAAAGAAUUCCCAACAAUCCCAUUUAAGCAUCAUUACGUCGAUGCGGCUGCAAUGUUCCUGGUUAAAAGUCCAACACUAUUGAAUGGAGUAGUGCUCACUGAAAAUCUAUUUGGGGAUAUUUUGAGCGAUGAAGCGAGUGUUAUUCCCGGUAGUUUGGGUCUUUUGCCAUCUGCCAGUCUCAGUGGUUUACCGGAUGGAAAGAGUCGAUGUCUUGGUUUAUAUGAACCUAUUCAUGGAUCAGCACCUGAUAUUGCAGGAAAAGGUAUCGUUAAUCCGAUCGCCACGAUUCUUAGUGUCGCUCUAUUGCUGAGAUAUUCAUUAAAUCUGGAACGAGAGGCAAAAGCAGUAGAAGAUUCCGUUCGAAAAGUAUUGGAUGGUGAAGACUUUGGUGGUUUCGGGUAUCGUACAAAAGAUUUAGGCGGUGAUAAAUCAACAUCUCAAGUCGGUGAUCAAGUUAUCGAAGUAUUAGAAGGUUAUUUGGAAGGAUUGAAUGCAGAAGAUCGUGUUUCGGCUGUAAUUCCACAUCGGAGUCUUUUAUUGAAAAGACCCGAAGGUAGACGUGGGAUGACUCUGUGUGAAAAAACUAUUGCGCAUGCUGCGAUUGGUUUGCCUGCACCUGGUCAUGUGAAACCCGGUGAUAUGGUCUGUGUCUCUGUUGAUUGGACAUUGGCAUCGGAACUUACAUGGAAAGGAAUGGAAAAAACAUUUGACAUAAUGGGACGGCCAAAUAUUUAUCGUAACGAUCGAUUCUGGCUUGCAAUUGAUCACACAGUAGAUCCACGUAUCAAUCAUUUGCAAAAACCUGCGGAAUUAAUUCAAGCAUCCGAAAAAUUCGCUAAGGAAGCUAAACUUAUUGAUUUUUAUAAACCAAAUGUCACAAUCCUGCACACUGAAUUUUACCGUGAACGAGCACAACCUGGUCAAAUGAUUAUUGGGGCAGAUUCUCAUUCAUGUUCGGCUGGGGCAGUUAGUGCUUUUGCCGUUGGUUUAGGUGCAGCUGAUGUUGUGAUGCCUUUGGUGACUGGCGAAACUUGGUUCAAAGUACCGGAAACCGUGGAAAUUCGAUUUGUUGGAAAGCCUCCAUUCGGUAUUGGUGGAAAAGAUGCAAUUCUUUACGUGUUGGGUGAAUUGAAACGUAAUACUGUGGCAUUUGAACGUGCAGUUGAAUAUACUGGUCCAGGUUUAAAAUAUAUGUCAUGUGAUGCAAGAUUCGCUCUUUCAAAUAUGACCACUGAAUUUGGUGGCAUUGCUGGAGUAUUUGAAGGCGACGAAAUCACCGCAGCAUUUAUCGCUAAACGCAAAAAUCCAGCUCACAAGAACUCUGCUCUCUAUUUCCGUGCUGAUCCUGAUGCUCAAUACGCUGAAACUCAUAUCAUUGACUUAUCAAAAGUCGAUUCACUAAUCGCAUUAUAUCCAUCUCCAGAUAAUAUCGUGCCAGUUCGAAAAGCUCAAGGAAUGAAACUUGACGGUGUCUUUAUUGGCGCAUGUACUACAGCUGAAGAAGAUUUAAUUCUCGCGGCUAUGGUAUUGGAACAAGGUUUGAAAAAAGGAUUAAGGCCAACGAUACAUGGUAAACGAAAGGUGACUCCGGGUAGUUUGCCAAUUGUUGCUAAAUUGCGUCGACUUGGUCUUUUGAAAGUUUAUGAACAAGCUGGAUUUGAGAUUGGGGCACCUGGAGCAAUCGGUAAUUUGGCGUCAGCAGCGACAGUAGCUGCUUCUUCAUUCGAAAUGCAAAUUUGUGAUCCAAAAGGACUUUUAGAUCUAAUCGAUCGUGCACGAUACGAAGAAUACCUUGAACAAUGGCUACAAAAAGGCGAACCAAUAAUAAUUUCUGAGCCUAGUCCCGUUUUAGUGGAUCCUAAUAGCGAACAAUCAAAAGAUUCUCUCGCAACAUCACAAACAGAAUCAUCCUUACCAUCUUCCAUAACCGGUAAAGUACAGCGAUUUGAGGACAAUGUUGAUACGGACGCAAUUAUCCCUGCGCAAUUUAUGCCCGGGACAAGUGACGAGGAUCUUGGGUCGCAUGCUUUCCAAUAUGUGAGACCUGAGUUUAUAAACAAAGCAAAAGAAGGAUCUACGAUCGUUGUUGGUGGUUCCGGUUUUGGAUCUGGAUCAUCUAGAGAAGAGGCACCAAGAGCUUUGAAAGGAGCUGGAAUUCAGGCAGUUAUUGCUAAAAGUUAUGCUUAUAUUUAUGGCAGAAAUCAGGCAAGAAUAAUAACAGUCACUUUAUUAUUACUUGGUUUUAUUCAUUCGAUUCAAUGGCCUAAUAUGGCAUUACUGGAAAUGGAAGAGAAAUUGAUUGCGGCUGGCGGUGUCACAGAGAUGUAUAAAAACUAUGGCGCAAACCUGUUUAGAGCUGCGGUUGGAUUAGAAGGAGCAUCGUCAGGUGUAGGAAGUUGUGGGACUGAGGCUUCUUCAGGAGUCAAGGAUUGUGGAACUGGAGGAAAGGAGUUGGCGUGGUAA